AGUACUCUUUCCAGCUAGCUAAAUAAGAAGCUACGAUAAUAUUACUACUAGUCUAAGAUGCCUAGCCCAUUUUUUGCUACUAUUUUCCUACUAGUGUUAUUUAUUGGAACAUUUGUUAGUUGUACUGAGGGUGCACCUCGUGCUUUCUUUGUGUUUGGUGACUCUCUUGUUGACAAUGGCAACAAUAAUUAUUUACUAACUUCAGCAAGGGCAGAUUCUCCACCUUAUGGAAUUGAUUAUCCAACUCAUCGUCCUACUGGCCGUUUUUCUAAUGGCUUCAAUAUACCUGAUCUUAUAAGCCAAGAGCUUGGUGCUGAGGCUACAUUGCCUUAUUUGGACCCUGAGCUUACUGGAGAUAAAUUGCUCGUUGGAGCAAAUUUUGCUUCUGCUGGAAUUGGAAUUCUUAACGACACUGGAAUUCAAUUUGCAAACAUAAUAAGAAUAUCGACGCAAUUACAAAACUUUGAACAAUAUCAAGCACGAGUGAGUGCUCUUAUAGGAGAAGAACAAACAGAGCGGCUAGUAAAUGGAGCACUUGUUCUUAUUACUUUGGGAGGCAAUGACUAUGUCAACAACUAUUUUUUCACACCAGUUUCUGCAAGACGACUUCAGUACAAUCUUCAAGAUUUCUCUGUUUAUAUCAUCUCCGAGUAUCGAAAGAUCUUAAUGAGGCUAUAUGACUUGGGAGCUAGAAGAGUUUUAGUGACAGGAUCAGGUCCAUUAGGUUGUGUCCCAUCCAGUCUAGCCUCAAGGAGUGUCAAUGGAGAAUGUGCUGAGGAGCCUCAAAGAGCCUCAGCAAUUUUCAACCCUCUCCUUGUCCAAAUGAUUCAAGGACUCAAUCAAGAACUUGGCUCUGAUAUCUUUGUUGCUGCAAAUGCUAUGGAGAUGCAGACUGACUUCAUCACAAAUCCACAAGCUUUUGGUUUUGUGACGUCAAAAAUAGCAUGUUGUGGACAAGGACCAUAUAAUGGAAUAGGCAUUUGCACAGCUUCUUCAAAUCUAUGCCCCAACAGAGAUUUAUAUGCAUUUUGGGAUCCUUUCCAUCCUUCUGAACGUGCCAAUAAAAUUAUUGUUCAAACGCUUUUUACUGGCUCUGAUAAGUACAUGACACCAAUGAACUUGAGCACCAUUAUGGCUAUUGACUCUCUCUAAAUCCAAUUA